AGCAAAUCGAGAACUGGCGAGAGGACGUGGGGGUACUUCACGAACGGGGUGUCCUGCGCUGCGUGGGCCCUUCUCAGUGGUCUGCCGCAGAAAUAAAACCUCAACUUGAAGAAAACGUCUGAUUAUCUUCAGCUCCAACAUCUGAACCAUGAGGAUCUGGUGGCUCCUGCUUGUCGCUGGAAUCUGCACAAGAAACAUGAACUCGCAGGACACAUGCAGGCAAGGGCACCCUGGCAUCCCUGGGAAUCCUGGUCACAAUGGUUUGCCUGGGAGAGACGGACGAGAUGGAGCAAAAGGCGACAAGGGCGAGGCAGGAGAACCAGGCCAUCCUGGUGGUCCGGGGAAGGAUGGAAUGACUGGAGAGAAAGGAGAACGAGGAGCAGAUGGAAAAGUUGAAGCCAAAGGCGUCAAAGGCGAUCAAGGCUCACGAGGACCCCCAGGGAAACAUGGGCCAAAGGGAUUUGUUGGUCCCAUGGGAGAGAAAGGUCUCAGGGGAGAGAUUGGCCCUCAAGGGCAAAAGGGGGAUAAAGGCAAUGUGGGGCCCAUGGGUCCAGAAGGGCUAAAGGGCAGCACUGGGCCUUCGGGCCCAAUGGGUCUACCUGGCCCCGUGGGCCCCAUUGGGAAGCCUGGCCCCAAGGGAGAUGCUGGGCCCUUGGGACCGCAGGGAGAUCCAGGAGUCCGGGGAAUGAGAGGCUGGAAAGGGGACCGAGGCGAGAAAGGGAAAAUUGGUGAGACUCCAGUCUUGCCCAAGAGUGCUUUCACGGUGGGGCUCACGGUACUAAGCAAGUUUCCAAGUUCAGAUGUGCCCAUUAAAUUUGAUAAGAUCCUGUAUAAUGAGUUCAAUCAUUACGACGUGGCCAGGGGGAAGUUCAUUUGCCACAUUGCGGGCGUCUAUUACUUCACCUACCACAUCACCGUUUUCUCCAGGAACGUUCAGGUAUCUUUGGUCAAAAAUGGGGUGAAGAUACUGAACACCAAGGACGGCUACAUGAGCUCUGAGGACCAGGCGUCGGGAGGCCUGGUGCUGCCGCUGAAGCUGGGGGACGAGGUGUGGCUGCAGGCCGCGGGCGGGGAGAGGUUCAACGGCUUGUUCGCAGAUGAGGACGACGACACGACCUUCACAGGCUUCCUUCUGUUCGGCAGCCAGUGAUGGGCAGGUAUGCAGGACCUGCCGCCCGGUCCCCCCUCGGAGCUGGCUUGGCGGACAGGUUCUCGAUGGCUCUGCUCUGCGACUCACUCUGAUUACUGUAAUCGUCACAGAGAGACAACAAUAGGAAAGCUAUCCUAAGGCCGAUUUUAUGUGACUUACAUUGCUGUUUCCAAGAGUAAAUUUAAAAAUGCUUGCACUAGGGCGCCUGGCAGGCUCAUUCGGGGGAGCCUGUGGAACUCAGGGUUGGGAGUUCCAGCCCCACGGUGGGUAUAGAGAUUAAUUAAAAAUAAAAUCUGGGGGUGCCUGGAUGGCUCAAUCGGUAGAGCGUGCCACUCUUGAUUUUGGGGUCAUGAUCUGGA